AUGGCCAUGUAUAUACCAGGAGGAUCAAGACAAGAUCUAUUGGUUCAGGACACAGGAAUAAAUGGGGUUUCUACAAAAAUGCCAGAAUACAUUGAAGAAAGAGGGAAGGAAGAGGGAACAGUUGUAGAAGAAGGGGGAAGGAAAGAAG